GACUUCGACAAUAUUUCUGCUAACACUAACAACAUUAACACUGCACAGUGAUGAUCAUCCUGUCAAUGCGACGACGGAUCGGAGCUAUUAGUACAGUAGAACUAGAAAGAAAGAAUCUGGCCGGAUUGCCGAAUUGACGUCCUGACUUCUUACUCCCUGGCCUAAGGAAUCUAACAUUAUACUUUUACAAACAAGAAACGGCACAAGCUUAAAAAGAUUCCAGAACUAUUUGGGCCACUGCAGUCCCCCCAAGUCAAAUAAUAUCACGUAGAUCUGCAAGAAUCUGCAAUCCUGAAGGAGGCAGAUUUAACCUGAAGAAGAAGAAGAUCUAGGCCUAAAAUUUCUACAGUCUAUACAAGAGAUUAGUAAUACCGGUACCUCCAAUCAACAAACUAACAAUGGUGGACCGUGUGCCAAUCAUUGAUUUUUCGGCAUACAGCUUGGAUCGUGAGAAUCCUGUCCCAGAAGAAUUUCCGAAGCUUAUAGACGAUGUUCACAAUGCCCUUACGACCAUCGGUUUCAUGUACCUCAAGAACUGUGGAAUUCCAGUUCAAACGAUCGAAGAUGCAUUUCACUACUCAAAGAAGUUCUUUUUACUGCCUACGGAGACAAAAAUGAAAUAUGUUCGGCCACAGAAUACAAACCAUGGAUAUGUCCAAUUGGAACGAGAAGGGUUGAAUCCAGACAGACCUUUCAAUGAUUUAAAGGAAGCAUUCAACUGCACUACAGCAUCAGAACAUAGGCCUUACCCAGAUGAGGAGUUGCCUGAAUUCCGAACAUCGCUGUCAGGUCUGUUUGAAGUUUUGGUCCCACUUCAUAACAGGAUUCUAGAAGUCAUGGCUCGAGGACUCCAAUUGGAGGAUCCGCAGUUCUUUGUUGAAAGACACAAGUUCAUUGGAACCUUGAAGAGCAAUUCUACACUCCGUACGCUGUACUACCCAUCGCUGGAUAAUGUAGAGGUGAAAGAGGACCAGGUCCGAUGUGGGGAACAUUCAGAUUAUGGUGGGAUAACCCUGCUGUUCCAGGACCCCCAGCCUGGCCUAGAGGUAAGAAACCUUGAGGAUAAAUGGAUCCCUGCAAAACCCAUUGAAGGUACGGUCGUUGUUAACAUUGGUGAUCUCAUGCAAAGAUGGACUUCUGACAAACUAAUUGCUUCGAAACAUCGAGUCAUGAUUCCCCUCGAUCAGAUCAAGAGACAGCAGGUUCGUCAGUCGAUGGCAUUCUUCGGCCAUCCUGACAACGAUGCCGUCAUCGAGUGCAUCAACAAUUCCAACAAGUACCCACCGACCACAGGUUUGAAAUAUCUUGAUAUGAGAUUUGCUGCAACCUAUUCGGGUGUUACCAAACUCACCGCUUACUGAAAGAAUAGCAAGUAUAUAUUGUGUCGGGGUUAAAUCGAUUCAAAAUCAAGUACAUAGACACCGUUCUCACUACCAUCCUAAAAAUAGAUCAGUGGAAACAAGUUUAACAUGUAAUGAGAACGGUCGAAGCGGUCUUGGAAGCGAUCUUCCAAACUGGUUCAGAAAACCAACUCGCGAUGUGGUUUUGAAGAUCGCUUUGCCUUGUUAAUCUGGUUUUAACGUAAGUGAGGACACAACCGUUCUUUGGGGAGCGAUCUUCGCACAUAUUGAGCGCGCUACUCCACACACUGUGUGUAGAAUGUCUACGCUGCGUUUCGAAUUUUGCGCAAAACGUGUCACCCCCACUGAGAGCAUUCCCAUAGCAACAAGUCCACUUCUCUCAAUUCCAUGUAUAUUUUGAUAACCACUUUUGGCUAAUCAAAUGGAAACGCUUGCAAAGCGAUCUUCCAAACUAGUUUCCUGAACCGAUUACCAGUAAACUAGAUUUAGAAAGUAUAGUGAGAAUGGAGUCCUAGCUUACAUCACUGUAGUAGAUCAGUCAACUGUUUCCCUUGCAAUUUCAAGCCUUCCAAGGGAGUGUGAUUAGAAAAAUCAAUGUAUGUUCUCACUCAGAUGGUUGUAGACCAGGGGAACACUUCAUGGAAUGAUUUGCUCUGACUAUUUGUUAUAAGCUACUGAAAUCCUUGCACCUGAUUGGCCUAGAGGAACUUUGUCAGUUGAAAUCAUGGACAAUAUAUGUUCUUGAAUCAUGAACUACUCACCAAUGAAACAACUUAUUGGACUGUGAUUUUUGUCUUGGUUGCAACUCUGUACAGCAUUAACCCUAAUAUAACUGAGCUAUUUCAGACCAGACCUUUACUACAUGGGGGAAGGGGUUAAUGUGACCCCUUACCCCUUCAGAUCUAGGCCGCUAAUUGAGCGAUCGCUGCAAAAAAUUAGCACCCUCAUAUUGCCGUAUGUAAAAUACAAGAUUGUAUAGAGUACAGAAGUGUGACCUCAUCAAUUUUCACUUUUUGCAUUUCAGCACUUUUUAUACCAUAUUUUGGUAGAGCAUUAUGAAAACCCCCCACAUCCCAAACAUGGUGGGUGAGGGGCCUUGGAUAUGACCUCAUGAAUUCAUAAUUAGCCCCACCGAAGUCUAUGUAUUAUUGACCUGGUUCUAAAAGUAAGGAACUAGGCCAAUAAUACAUUGACUACAAUAGGGUUAAUUAUGUAUUCAGGUCAUAUCUCAGGACCCCGUGGACUGAUUUUCACCAAAUUCUGAUAGUGGGGGUUUUUCAUCAAAAAAGUGGCAAAAAAGUGUUUUGUGAUGUCAUUACUUUGGUACUCUAUAAUUAAGUUUUCAAAAAACGAAUAUUUUAUAUAUUUUAUUGAUUGAUUAAUUAUGCAAAUAAUGAAAUUCUGAAUGUUUUUGUCUUCGCGUCUCUGCUCAAAAUAUACUUGGACAAACCAUUUAUAUUUUUAGAACAUCAUUGCAUUUUACUGGAAUUAUAAUCCUUUUAUUUAUUCAGCAUUCUUUAUCACAGCAUUAUAAAAUGUCAUAUUUCUUCAAAUACAAUAAGAUUCUAAAAAUCAUUUAAAUGUGUAGAUAUAUGAACAUGGAUAUAGCAUUAUUUUAGAUAAAUUGCCAGUAAUGAAAUAAUAAAUUGUACAUUUGUAUUACACAAUGCUAUAUUAUAUGUAUAUUCUCAACUGCACAUAACAAUAGUUAAAAGGUGAAAUUGUUAACAAGAUAAGUAAACAAAAGUAUUAUAAAUUUAUAAUUACAGGAAAAAGCACAUACAUUCAUAAUUCCGAAGCUUCGUUAUUCCGAAGGUUCGUAAUUUCGAAGGUUCGUUAGUCCGAAAACGAAAUGAGGUUCGCAAUUCCGAAGGUUCGUUAGUCAGAAAACGAAAUGACGUUCGUAAUUCCGAAGGUUCGUUAGUCAGAAAGCGAAAUGAUUAACGAACCUUAAUUCGUUUUCGGACUAACGAACCUUUGGAACAACGAACCGUAUUUCGUUUUCGGAUUAACGAACCUUCGGAACAACGAACCUUAUUUCAUUUUCAGAUUAACGAACCUUUGGAACAUCGAACCUUCGGAAUAACGCCACAAAUGUUCAGAUUAACGAACCCUUUUACGUUUUCGGAUUAACGAACAUCGAGGUAUAGGCAAUUUACGUGUUUCGGAAUUACGAACCUUUGGAAUAAAGAACCUUUGGAAUUACGAACCUUAAGAAUUACGAAGUGUAACCGGAAAAAGGGGAGCCUACUGUUUUCUUCAAAUCCUGUAUUGAAACAGUAGACACCUGUACAGAAGUCAGUGCCACAUCAUUUAUGCUGCUGUCACCUUUCCCCUCCGAUGGCCUUACAGCGAGCUGAGAACAUUUCUAUUCAAACCACCGAUGUGUAGCUAUUAAUAAAAUGUUAAAACGGCCGUUUUCGUCUUGCCGUGCAGCUGCCGUAGGGGAAAUGUGACUGCGUCAUAAGUAUGAAUACACAAGCCGACAAGCGUCUUUCCACAUUUCCCCAAUGACAAAAAAAAUUAUGAGGAAUGCUGGAUAGUUGCUGUGAAAGAUGCUUCAAGAGAUUUCUGCUAAAAUACAUAGCACAGACUCAGCAUGUGUUUCCAAUUCAAAUUUUGAAUUUAGAAUAUAUUCAAAAUUUGAAUUUAUAAAUUUCAGUUUCAAUCUUUUUAGGUGUCUGCUUGUUGUCGAGGUGAUAUAGUUGUAGACGUUAACAAAGUUAUAAUUUGAUGAGAUUCUAUUUUAAUAUUGUCAUUCUUUAAUAAAAAAAAGCUUUGUGAUCUGCCUGGGAAAGCUCUGAGGCCAGCUUGUAUGUCACAGAUCACUGGUCAAAGUACUCUAUAUGUUACCUCUUUGUGUACUAAUUAGCCUACUAUAUGCUUAUACAUGUAUUUCUAUUUACCAUAUCUAUACCCUCCACAUCAUUUACCCACCAAUCAUUUCAUACAAUAUUGUGCUUGUAAAUCAAAUUCCUGAAAUUAUUCUCCUUGAUUAAUAACCAGCAUUUUCAAUAUAUUUCCGUCAUAUGUAGCUGAGGUUGUCUUUGUAAUAUAAUAUUAUUCUAGAAUCAAACUUUUCUGCGAAACACUGCCAAAUAUUUCUCUUUUUUGUUUGUUUUUAAGCUAGUAAACCUUAUAUCUCUUAGCUUGGUUGAAAGUAGUAUAACUUAUGCCAACCUGUUUGUUCUAUUAUAUUUGUGUUAAUUUCAUGUUUUUUUUUUAAUUCUUUUUCCAUUUUCAGAAAUCAAAUCUGGGAAAAAAAUGUGUAAUUGCUGAGAAAUUAGCAAAAUAAGCAUGAAAUUCCAUGAUAUGUCGGGUAUUUUUCCAAACAGUAUUAAUUAAUGCACUGUCCCACAUGCAUUUUUGUAUUUCAUAUAGAUCAGUUUAUUUAAAUGAACCAGAGUC